AAGUCAAUUAGCUUGCCUCUUCAGUUCAGACCAGUCCAUCAACAUGUUUGCCUCAAUCUUCCUGAUAUUGCUCUUCUUUCUCUUCCUCGUCCUUCUACUCAAAUCCCGGAGGCCCAAGAACUUUCCCCCAGGACCCCCAAUUCUGCCGAUACUAGGGAACAUUUUGCACCUGAGCCUAGAGAACCCCCUGAAGGACUUUGAGAGGCUGAAGAAGUCUUAUGGAAAUGUCUACAGUCUGUUCCUUGGUACCAGACCAGCUGUAAUCAUCAAUGGGAUGAAGGCCAUGAAGGAGGCUAUGGUGACCAAGGGCACUGAUUUUGCUGGACGACCCCAAGACAUGUUUGUUAAUGACGCUGCCCAAAGGAAAGGAGUGGUUUUGGCAGAUUAUGGCUCUAGUUGGAGGGACCAUCGUCGCUUUGCUCUGGCGACCUUGAGGAACUUUGGUCUGGGGAAACAUUCCAUGGAGGAGAGGAUUCGGACAGAGAUACAAUACACUAUUGAUACACUGGAAAAGAGUAUUGGCAAUACCUUGAAUCCUCAAGUUAUAUUUCAUAGAGCGGCCUCCAACAUCAUCUGCCAGGUUCUGUUUGGUACACGCUACGAGUAUGAUGAUGAGUUCAUCAAAGUGAUUGUUCAAUGCUUUACUGAGAUGACCAAGAUAAUCAAUGGACCAUGGACUGUGCUGUAUGACUCUUUUCCCAUUAUUCGUGGCCUGCCGCUGCCCUUCACUAAGGUCUUUAAGAAUAUUGAGACUUGUCAGAAUCUUGUGAUUGGUUUGAUGAACGAGCACAAGAAGACAAGAGUCCAUGGAGAGCCCCGAGACUUUGUUGACUGCUAUCUGGAUGAACUUAAUAAGAGAGGCGAUGAUGGUUCUUCCUUCUCAGAAGAACAACUGAUUAUGUACGCUCUAGAUCUUCACAUAGCUGGGACAGACACUACCUCCAACACCCUGCUUACUGGUUUCCUCUACCUUAUGACCUACCCACACAUACAAGAGCGUUGUCAGCAGGAGAUCGACGAGGUGUUGGAAGGGAAGGAUCAGGCCAGUUUUGAUGACAGACACAACAUGCCUUACAUGCAGGCUUUGAUCCAUGAAGUGCAGAGGAUAGCCAACACUGUUCCACUCAGUGUCCCUCACUGUACGACUAAAGACACAGAGCUCAUGGGAUAUUCCAUUCCCAGGGGCACACUGAUCAUCCCUAACCUGACCUCAGUGCUGAAUGAGGAGGGACAAUGGAAAUUCCCCAAUGAAUUCAACCCUGAAAACUUCCUCAAUGACCAGGAAGAGUUUGUUAAACCAGAGGCCUUCAUGCCGUUCUCUGCAGGUCCUCGUAUGUGUCUUGGAGAGGGUCUGGCUCGUAUGGAGCUCUUCCUCAUCAUGGUGACCCUGCUGAGGAAGUUUAAGUUCAUCUGGCCUGAGGAUGCAGGAGAGCCAGACUACACUCCAGUCUAUGGGGUCACACUGACUCCCAAACCUUAUCGCAUGAUGAUCCAACUCAGGGCAACACAGUGAGCCUCACAGCCUCACAAAUGCCAGUCUGUGUCUGCAGACAGCCUGUCUGCAGACACAGACUGGCAUUUGCUCUUUCCUAUGUUGUCAGCUGCCCUAUUCACAGUAGUCACUAUCUAAAUGCUAGCUAUGACAUCUAACAACCCACAUAGUCAAUUAUACCAGUCGUCAUAUCUACAUUAUAUCUGUUUAGGUUACAGGCUACAAUGAGCUUUUAAUGUACUGUGUGUUCCAUUAAGUAAAUAUAGACUUACUUUUGAAUUGAGACUGUCCUCACAGGAAGAACGACCGCAUCAGUCGUUUACAAGUGACAAAGCCCUCUAUUGACUGUAGAAAUUAUUAUAGGAGCAAAGGAGGCAGUCAGGUGAUGUUUUAGUGUGACAAAGUCUGCAUAGCAGAGGUCCGGGUUGGUGAGGUAUAGAAUGGGUCAAAGAAACAUCAACAAAGAUCCUCUAAUCUUAGUGAAAUUUUAACCCAAACCAUAAUGCUUCACUAGACCAAGUUGUUUUAGUGCCUACAUCUAAUCAAACCUUAACCAUAGAAUUGUAACAUCAUAAAACAGAUUUAUUUUCCAACAGUGAUUUGUAACGUUUAAAGGAACAGACAAAUGAUGUUGUCAUGCCGAUGGGAGCGUCAAAUCAGAAAACACUUUAAUGAGUAGUUUUAAUAGGGCUUGGACAAGCAAAGUUUUUUGUUGUUUAUUUUGGAGAACUUUUUGAUUCCAUGACAUGCUUUGAUAUGUAUACUUACCACUUAGCCUACCUAGAGUAUGUAUUCAAAUAGCAUGCUUUGAUAUGUAAUUGAUUUAUAUGGGAUUGAUAUGAUAAAGGCCAUUCUGGCCAAUUCGUCGUCUUUUUAGUCUGAUGUGCAAAAUGUAUUGCAAUAGCAUUUUAAUGACAUGCAUUUAUGAUUUCCAAAAAUAAAUAGCAAUAUUA